AGUCCCUCGUUGCACCCAGCACUGCCAGCAGUGGCGGCUUCAAGGUGCUGGUGGCGAGGGGAGGAGACGUGGGGAUGGGAGUGGAAGAAGGGUUGAGAGGAGAAGUAUGGAAGAGCGGAGAAGAAGCGGGAAGGAUAGGAGAACAGAAAGGAGGAUCCCUGGAUGGGGGUGUAGCAGCAGCAGCAGCGCCGAGUCCAGCAGUAGAAGACACGCCUUUGCUCUUCAACGUGCUCUCUGACGUUGUAUCCUUCACCUUCCCUCCUGCUCUACCUCCUCAAUCCAACUCUCACCCUCCUGCUGCGGACCCGAGAGUGGAUCCUGCCUCCCAGCCUGCCUCUGAGUCCCGCCCUGCCCUUGCAUCGCCUCUGCUCAUGAUCGGAUUCACCCUGCCGGACCCCUGUGACCCUAGCAGCGGCAACACUCCCUGUGCUGAUAUGCAAGCAUGGGGGGCUGAGCCUGAAUCAACAGUGACCCCUCUGGCAGGAGCACUGGCACCCGUGGCAGCCCCAGUAGCAUCGGAAGCACCAGCAGCAACAUCCGUUCCAGCAGCAGCAGCAGCAGCGGAAGCAGCAGCAGCAGCAGCAGCAGCAGCAGCAGCGGCGGCGGCGGCGGCGGUGGCUGUGCAGGGCGUUUCACUGCAGGAGGUUCUUUCCUCCGCCAUCAAUGCGUCCUUCCCAGCAUCUCCUGCCAUAGCCGUACUCUUCCACCCUCUCACAAUGCCCACAUCCCCAUCGCCACCAUCACCAGCAGCAGCACCCUCAACAUCCCUCCAGCCACAUCGCUACCCCCCAGUGGAUGGCUGGCAGCUGCUGGACGCGCGUCUGCUCUGGCAGCAGCAGCAGCAGCAGCAGCAGCAGCAGCCUGGCGUUGCCACCUUCUCAGCCCCUUUCCCUGGGCUCUACGCUGUGGCUGUGCAGGAAACCAGCAAUCAAGGCCCCUCAACCACUCUCACCAGCGCCCCACCAGCCACAGAAACGAGCUCGCCCGCUGCAUCCAGCAAGGCGUGGGUGAUAGCGCUAGCAGUCUCUCUCGGCGUGGGUGCUCUCGUUGCCGCGGUGGGGCUGGCAGUGUUCUUUGUUCGGGUUAGAGGGCGCGCCAAGGUUUCACCGCACCUGCGCAAGUGA